GACGGCUGGACGGAGAGGACAACGAGGCCUGCUUUGGAGUUAACAACGGUGGCCAACAUCACCUGCAUAUUCCUUACCAUUGUUCACUCAUUCCAUAGCUGCACGGUCUUCCGUGACCGUUAGGCUUGGUGUGCUUCUCGGAGUUGUUGCCAUUUGUAUAUUUAGAACUUUGGAGAGAAUCUAGCCACCCGUGGCCUGUCCGCAGGCGCAGCAUUCUUGGUUCCCACGACCGCUUUCUCGCCGGUCCUAGACUUGUCUUUCUCCUCUGACCGAUGUCUCGAUCCCUCCGUGAAUGAAUAUGAUCCUCAGAAGGCUUCUGCUGGCCGGCAGCCUACUGCUGGCCUCGUUCGCAACCGCAAAGAAAGAUGGCCCCAAAAUCGAAGUCACGGAGCUGGAACAUGAGCCCAAACAUCUGUUCUACUUCGAGGAUUCGGAUGUGGUCAUGCUUCAGCACAAAUACGACGCCUACAUCUCCACCGACGCUGGCGUAUCGUGGGCCCCCGUCAAAGGUCCCGACGACCGUAUGAAGGGCAAGGUCAAGGCUAUUUACCAUCAUCCCUACGAUCGAACAAAGGCGUAUGUGCUAGGCCAAGAGCGGACACAUUGGACCACAGAUGACACGGGAAAGUCGUGGCGCGAGUUCACGAUCGAUCAAGACCUUCCACGUUCCGGAAACCCUCUCUCCUUCCACGGUAAAGAUUCGAACAAGGUGAUAUUGCAUACGGUUGAAUGUUCUGGAUUUAUUUGCCAAAUGCCGGCUCUCUAUACGACGGAUGGAUUUAAAAGCCAUAAGAUCCUAAGUAAAGCCCAGCAUGGUUGCUCCUGGGCGAUAUCCACCCCGGAAUUCGCGGCAAGAGAAGAGUUUCCCGAAAAUGUUGACAAUCGUAUCCUUUGCAUGUUUACAGGGCUACAUUCCCCGAUCGGCACUCAAAAACGGCUACUCUACUCAGACGACUUCUUUGAGGGUGAUAGAGGAACCGAGGUUCCUUUGAAUAAUGGUCGCCCGGUCAGCGAUAUCGUCAGUAUGGUGGGAGUGAAGAAAUUCCUCGUUGCCGCUGCGAGGUCGCCCCGAACCAACGAAUUGGCGCUCUACGUGUCCGACGAUGCAAGUCGGUGGCAUCAAGCAUUGUUCGAUGGUCAUAGACUCGAAAACAACGGCUACACCAUUCUCGAGUCCACGAACUAUAGUAUCCAAGUCGGUGUAAAGACUUCGGGAGGGUUUAACCCUAUGAGUGCCUUGUUUACGUCCAACUCUGACGGAGUGUCCUUCACUCGCAAUGCCGAGCACUUAAACGCCAACCAUCUUGGUUAUGUCGAUUUUGAGAAAAUCGCCGGCAUUCAAGGAAUCUUUCUAGUCAACACUGUCACCAAUUGGGAAGAAAUUGAAGAGCACCAUAGGGGCAAAAAGAAAAUCGUUAGCAAAAUCUCUUUUGAUGAUGGAAGGACCUUCCACGAUAUAAAGGCUGGUGAUAAGAACCUCCACUUGCACUCGGUGACACACAUUCAUAACACUGGACGUGUUUUCUCGAGUCCAGCACCAGGCUUGGUUAUGGGUGUCGGCAAUGUCGGAGACUCCCUGAAAGAGUACGAUGACGGUGACUUGUAUGUGUCCGAUAAUGCUGGAAUUACAUGGUGGAGAGCCCUUGAAGAUGCACAUAAAUACGAAUUUGGAGAUCAAGGUUCUGUUCUUGUCGCUGUUUAUGACGAAGGCCGGACAAACAAGAUAUCGUAUUCUCUUAACCAUGGCAAAGACUGGAAAACGGCGGAGCUUCCUGUUAAAAUCCGUGCAAGAACGCUUACCACGACCCCCGACUCGACCAGCCUGAAAUUCUUGCUCCUUGGCACAGGAAAGGGUAGCUCCGAGCGAAAACACUACGUGAUCGCCCUCGACUUCAGUGACGUUCACGAACGCAAAUGUAGCAAGGAUGAUUUCGAACGGUGGCCUGCAAGAUUGAAUGAGAAAGAGGAGCCGGAUUGUUUGAUGGGACACAAGCAAUUUUAUAGACGGAGAAAAGGUAAAUCCGAGUGCUUCAUCGGCGAGGAAUUCAAGGAUCCAGUCCCCGAACUGGAACGUUGCAAGUGCACUGAAGAGGACUUCGAGUGUGAUUUCAAUUUUGUUCGAAGCGAGGAUCGGAAGGAUUGUGUUCCGGCUAGAUCCCUCCCCGUCCCCGAAGGACAAUGUAAAAAGCCAGAAGACAAGUACACUGGCAGCUCUGGAUUCAGAUUGAUACCAGGAGAUGAUUGCAUCAAGGAAGGCGGACUUGAACUCGACAAACCAAAGGAGCGGUCUUGUAGUGACACUGCUAAAGAGCCGGUCAGCGGAGAGAUAGGCGUCUCAAUACAACAUUUCGAUGCGAACAAGCCUGCAGAAUACUACUAUAUGGAACGCCCAACGCUGAGUAAGGAUAAGGACGAAACUGUCAUGUUGCUCACUGACAAGCUGGAGGUCUUUAUGACAAAGGAUCAUGGCAAAACAUGGCAGCAGAUUCUAGCGGGGAAGAACAUCGCGAAGCUCUGGCCGCACACAUAUAAUAAUGACAUUAUGUAUUAUGUCACCGGGGAGAAAAAGGUUUUCCUAACGAAGAACCGAGGAGACAGUUUCCGUGAAUUUGAAACUAAGCUCCCGCCUAAUCGAGACCGCCUGCCUGUCCUUGCCUUUCACCCUGACCCCGAACGGUCGGAAUGGCUGAUAUGGACUGGAGCUGACAACUGCGAACGUGGGGGAGACUGUCAUUCAGUGGCCCACUAUUCUACCGAUGGCGGUGAUGAAUGGCAUACUUUGAUGCGGUACGUUGGUAGAUGUGAGUUUGUUGGUAAAGGAGGCGUUCGCAAGACCGACGAAUUAAUAUUCUGCGCUCAACAUGAGAACGAGGAUCCAAAGAACAAACAUUUCCGGCUUCUAUCCUCGGAAAACUGGUUCACCAACAAGAAGAUUCAUUAUAAGAACAUCCUGGACUUCAGGACCAUGGCUGAGUUUAUUAUUGUAGCUGCCCGUGCUGGGAAGGACUCGCUCAAGGUCGGUGCCAGCAUCGAUGGCGACACAUUUGCCGACGCCGAGUUCCCACCGAACUUCGACGUGAAAACGCAACAAGCCUAUACGGUUCUGGAUAGUUCAACCCAUUCGGUGUGGCUACACGUUACCGUCCACAACGUUCCAGAUCAUCAAUUCGGCAGUAUCAUUAAGAGUAACAGCAAUGGCACAUCGUAUGUGUUGAGCUUAAGUAACGUCAACCGGAAUAAUGCAGACUACGUUGACUUCGAGAAGAUGCAGGGAUUGGAAGGAGUUGCUUUGGUCAACGUUGUCGCAAAUGUUGAUGAGGUGGUCAAGGGUGCGGCUAAGAAAUUGAGGACCAUGAUUACCCAUAACGAUGGCGCGGAAUGGGAUUAUGUUCGACCGCCGGCGAUGGAUGCCGAUGGCCGUAAAUACGGUUGUUCGCCUGGAAAAAAGGGAACCGCAGAGUGUGGUCUGCAUCUUCACUCUUACACCGAGAGGCGUGAUUUCCGUGACACAUUUUCAUCCCCGUCAGCGGUCGGCUUAAUGCUUGCGGUUGGAAAUGUGGGAGAUCACCUGACAUUGAAGAGCGAAGGUGAUACCUUCAUAACGCGAGACGGUGGUAUCGAAUGGCAUUCUGUUAAGAAAGGGAACUACAUUUGGGAGUAUGGCGACCAGGGCUCUAUCAUUGUGAUCGUUCCGGAAUCCAAGCCUACGAAAACAAUUUUCUACACCCUUGAUGAAGGUAGAACGUGGAUCGAGUUCGAAUUCACCAAAGUUGAGAUGCAAAUUUCCGACAUUACCACGGUGCCAUCUGACACGUCCCGAAAUUUCCUCCUUUGGGGUACAGAAGUUGGUUCGGGCGCGAAACCAGGAUUUGCUACUGUUAACCUUGACUUCUCCGGUCUGAAAGAGCGCUCAAAGAAAUGUGUGCUCAAGGAGGAGAAACCCGAAGCCGAUGAUUACUACAUUUGGGAGCCAAAGCAUCCUUUGCUUGAAGAUAACUGUCUCUUUGGUCAUAUUGCACGCUACCAUCGCAAAAAGCCCGAUUCUCAAUGUUUCAACGGCGGAGAAUUUGAAAAGCUGCAUAAUGUUUCCACUAACUGCCCGUGCACUCGGCAAGAUUAUGAGUGCGACUACAACUAUGAACGACAAUCAGACGGCUCCUGUGCACUUGUAGAAGGACUUCAGCCUUUGGACCCCAAGAGAAUCUGCACAGAGGAUCCAAAUGCGAUAGAAUACUAUGAGCCCACGGGAUAUCGUCGCAUUCCGCUGACAACUUGCGAACACGGUGUGAAACUGGACGGCUUCAAGGCCUUCCCCUGUCCAAAUAAAGAAAAGGAGUUUGAAAAGAAACAUCCUGGAUUGCGCGGUGUAGGGUUAUUCUUUGCCAUUGUGAUACCAAUCGCUGCUGCGGCCGCCGUUGGUUAUUGGGUAUACAAUCGAUGGGAUGGGAAGUUCGGGCGGAUUCGACUUGGAGAAACGAGCCGUUCAGGAAGUUGGCUCUCGAGGGACUCGCCCCUUGUCGUCGUACCGGUAGCUAUUAUUGCGGGCACCGUCGCCGUCAUGUCGGCCUUGCCACUCCUUGCGGCGAGCUUGUGGAGAAGCUUCCGCGGAUGGAUGCCUGUUGGACGUGGCUCCUCAAGGCCAUACUCGUCUCGCGGAGCUUUUGCAGCGAGAAGAGGGGAUUAUGUUGGUGUUGUGGAGGAUGAGGAUGAACUCUUAGGUGCAGAAGAUUUUGACGGUGAUGAGGAUGAAGAAGUUUGA